UCAAACUAAUCAGAUGCAUAUGUCAUUUCACCACAGGCAAUGGUGAGAAAUUUUUUAAUAGAUUGCAUUCAAUGAAGGAAGGAUUUAUGCCUUUAUUUAUGCCUAAACACCGAAUUAGAUUAAAUUUCAAGGAAUUUUAAAUCCGGCUUAAAAUCCUGUAGUGUGAACUAGGCAUAAUGGACAAAUUAAGAUGCGCAUUAUUGAACAUAUGAGUGCAAUUAGAAGAAAAGACCAGAAAUCUCCAGUUGCUCGUCACUUUAAUGAAAUGUCCAAUUCAAUCUCAGAUUUAAACUUUGUAGUUAUUGAGCACAGAGGGAGUGUAAAUGGAUCUUUGAUCUUAAAUGUUUAUAUCCUCUAGGUAUGAACGAAUUAAUUCUCAAUAGGAAGAAUUAAUUCUCAAUAGUUUUUUUUUUUUUUUUUGUAAAUGCUGAUUUAUUUUUUAAAUUUACAAUGUCAUGUCACAAGCCACGUUUACAUGUACACUUUUUUGUCAUUCCAAUUAAAAUCAUUCCGAUUGAAAGAUUCGGUGGACUUGUUUACAUGAGACGUUAUCUAAUCCGAUAUGGUGUUUACAUGUGCCGGUGCUUUCAAUCGGAAUGACUUUGUGACAUGCGCACAUUAGCUUAUGUCCUGUUUGCCGCCUUUUAUUCCUGUCAACAUUAUUUCUUAUGCGUGCUAUUUUUUUUUUUUUUUUUUUUUUUUUUGUAAAGUGCUGCUCUUAAUCAAGCAACAGAGUGAAUUUGUAGCAUAUUACUACUGGAAGGUAUGAGGAAAAGACGGGCGCAGGAAGCUGACCUUUUUGGUGGCUGUGCAUCUCAAUACUAAUCCUUCCUCCUCCGAAAAGCAGAAGCGUGUGGAUGAAGCCAUGGCAUCAGAGCCCAUUGAAGUUGCAGCUCUAGGAAGACCUCUUUUUCCUGGUAUGCUUUAUGACUGCCGCAAGGAUACCUUCAUUCCAGGUGUUACUCUGUGGGAUAAGAAGUCACUGAGUGAAAAUUUGGAUAGUCGUCGUCAGCUCAUGACAAAUUUGAAGUUCAGUAGCUCCGACUCUCUCUCUAGUAAGUCCAGUUUGCUGGAUGUGAGUGCUUCACUGAAAGCCAGCUUCUUGGGAGGGCUGGUGGAGGUGGGAGGAUCUGCCAAGUUUCUGCGUAACACCAAAUCCUCAAACCAACAGUCCAGAGUUACAAUGUAUUACAGUGAAACCUCCAGCUUCGAACAGCUCACUAUGACUCACCUGGGCCAGAUCAUCUACCCUGAGGUGUUUGACCAGAAAACUGCAACUCAUGUGGUCACGGCUGUACUAUACGGAGCUCAGGCCUUCAUGGUGUUUGAUCGGACAUUUUCAGAAGAGGAAAACAAACAGGAGAUUGAGGGAGAACUGAAUGUCAUGGUCAAGAAGAUUCCUCUAUUUUCUAUUGAGGGACAAGGAGCUGUAAAAAUGACAGAUGGUCAUAAGAAAAUGGUUGAGAGCAUCGCCUGUACAUUUCAUGGUGACGUCCACCUUGAGAAGAGCCCCACCACUUACAUGGAGGCUGUAGAGGUGUACAAGAAACUCCCCAUUCUCCUGAAGGAGAAUCCACAGAAUGCAGUUCCAAUAAAAGUCUGGCUUUAUCCUCUUUCUCUACUGGAUACAAAAGCUGCUCAACUGAAGAGAGAAAUUAGCACAAGUCUGGUUUCCAACACUGAAGAUGUAAUCGAAGAGCUGGGAGAAGCAGAGAGGACAUGCAACGACCUCUUCAGAAAUACACUGGUAAAUGUUUUCAGAGACAUCAAAGAGAGGCUCUGUUCAUUUCAGGGCUCUUUUAGCAUUUACAAAUCAGUGCUCCUGAAAGCACUGGCUAGGGUCUUGCCUGCUAUACGAGGAGGAGAGAUGGAGGAAAAUUCAUUGGAAGACAUCCUGAAGAUCCACUACAGCUCCCCUUUUAAACCUGAUAUGCUUAACCAGUGGUUAGAUCAUGCAAAGUCUGAACUUAACCUCUUGAGUUCUCACACCAAGGUGCUGGAGGGAAUCCUAACUGAAGACUCAGACCGUCUCAACACCAUCCUCCUUGAUCCUAAUAUUGAUGUUGUGGUGUGCUUGACCUUCACAUCUCUGAAGUAUGAAGACCGGUAUCUUUCAACCCUGAAGGAGUUUGUGGAAUCUGCUAAGUUGAAAGAGCUAGGUGUGGCAAUGAAAACAAGUUCUAGCAUGUUACCAUCUGUCAAAAAGUGGAUCCACUAUCCUGAUGUCAUCUCAAAGAUAAGAGAGAACUUAACUCUUUUCAAAAGUUUUUCAGAGGCUAAUAAAGAUGAAAAGAGAUACAGAUUUAUUAUUUCUGCCAUCUCCGAUCCAUCCAGUCCAGGCUCCUCCAUCUAUCUGUAUAAAAAAGGGAAGCUGACAGACACACAGUUCCAGCUCGUGUCGAAGCCUCCCCCACCAGUAGUGAAGAAUGUCCUGGAGCGCAGCGUGUCCCUGAAACUGCAGAAGUCCCCAACUGGAGAAACUGUGCAGUACAGAGUGGAGUACCAGCAGGUAAAAGCAGAUUCUGGCGCUGAGGAACAGUGGCUUUUCAAAAACACAUCUGAUGAAGACUUUACUCUGACUGGAUUAGUGUUUGGAAAGCAGUACUUGAUCCGCUACAGGAUAGUGGGUAAAGUGGGAGUGAGUGAAGCCAGUGACACUAUCGGCUCUAUACCAUCUUCAGACAUACUGAAGGAACUUGGAGCCGCAGAUAACCAACUCUUGAAAGCUCUGGAAACCAGGCUUGCUAAAAGUGAAGCUCAGAUUGAGAGACUUAAAAAGGAAAACCAAGACAAACCAAAGGUGGCAUUUUCAGCUGCAUUAGGAAUAAAUGGUUAUUUGGGACCAGCUGAUACAGACACAACACUGAUUUACAAGAAAAUCUUCACUAAUGUUGGUGAUGCCUACAACAAGGACUCAGGGAUUUUCACAGCACCGGUACGAGGAGUUUACUAUUUCAGUUUCUUCUACCAUUGUGCAGUUGGAAAUCCAACAAUGUUGGCCUUGUAUAGAAAUGGACAGAAAGAAGUAGUAACAAAACAUCACAAGAAUGACGGUCCAGCAGAGAACGGAGGCAAUGGCUCAGCGCUGCUGUUGGAGAAAGGGGAUCGAGUCUAUAUCGUACUCCGAAAGAACACAUGGAUCUGGGAUGGAGAUGAUUUUGUCACAGUGUUCAGUGGUUUUCUUAUCAAUGCCAUAUAAAUUAAAUACACCCAUGGGAACAAACAGAACAGUUAUGCAACAUGUUAUGGGUUUACAGGUUAAGGUGAAACUUCAGGCUACUUAAUCCAGUCUUUGUUUGAUGUGAAUGAAACACUGAAACAUCAAAAUAACCAGCUUUGAAUUAUUUUAAAAUGGCCAUUUACUAUUUUUGAUCAAAACAAUAAUAUCUUUAAAGAAAGUGUUUGUUAGCAUUUGUUUCCAUGGUUACUUGUUUGUUUGAUUAAUGCACUGCAUCUGUUUCAUUCUUUGGUUUGAUUUAGUAUAUACAGUAUAUAGUAUUGAUGAGUAUUGGGACGAAUAUUUCUCUUACUAACAAUUAAUCAUUUAAUCAGUUAUAUUUGAAUCAUAAGAAGUCAUUUAUUGUUUUAUGUUUUUCAUUCUUUUAUGACAAAAGUACAUUGUUUCUUUCUUGAACUGUCCUUGUUGACCUGUGUUUUUUAAUUCUGCUGCACACGUAUGCAUUCUGAAAGUUUCCACUGGCAUGGGCAAAUAAUGCGGUGUUAAAGUUUGGUGUUCAUUAAAUAAACACUCUGAAAAAUAAUUAA